AUGUGGCUGAGCAGUCGCGGGUUGUGGAGCUUCUACAGAGGGUGGCUCGCUGGAGCUGAAGUGAUGGGGGAGUGUCUCGCGAAUAGAGGUGCUACGAGCUUCCUCAUUGCCGUCGCCGCCGUUCGUCUUAAGCUUUUCAGCCUCCGUUGGUCACCCCCACCGUCUACACCCUUUCCAACCAUUUCCGGUAUCUUAAUUCCGCUCCAUUUCCGGCGACAACCACAACCACCACUACCGCCAUUUAACCUGUACAAGUUGAAGUGUGAUAAAGAGCCCCUGAACUCUAGGCUUGGACCGCCAGACUUUAACCCUCAAACACCAAAUUGCUCUGAGGAAACUCUCACCAAAGAAUAUUUGCAAUCUGGAUAUAGAGACACAGUUGAGGGGCUUGAGGAGAAAGAAUUAGCUGCUGUUAAGAUAAAUGCAGCAGAUGUUGAUAUAAUUGCAAACGAACUAGAGUUGGACAAAAAGGUGGCUGAAAGAACCUUGCGUUGCUGCCAUUCGUCAUUUGCUUACUAG